GGGAGCGGCGCCGCCGCGGGGGCUCCCGGCGCGGCUGUGAGCCCCCACCCUCCAGGUGACCCCCAGACCCCGCCGGGUGACCCGCCAGCCCCCCGAGGAUGAAGACGCUGGUCCGGCUCUUCCUAACGCUGGUGUGCGUGGCGGUGGUCACCGUGCUGUACGUCCUGUUGUGCUCCCAUACCUGCCUGUGGUCCUGCUGCUGGGCCCUGGGGGAGCGGGGCAGCCCCACGGCACCCACCAUCCUCAGCUUCCAGGGGUACAGCCGUGUCCCUGACGGGAAGCCACUGGAGCGAGCGCUGUGCCGCCGCUGCGCCGUCGUCUCCAGCUCGGGGCAGAUGCUGGGCUCGCGCCUGGGACAGACCAUCGACAGGCAGGAGUGCGUCCUGCGCAUGAACCAUGCCCCCACCACCGGCUACGAGGAGGAUGUGGGGGCACGAAGCACUGUCCGGGUGGUGUCGCACACCAGCGUCCCACUGCUGCUGAGGAACCAGCCCUACUUCUUCCAGCAGUCCCAGGAGACCCUCUACAUCAUCUGGGGGCCGGCGAAGAAGAUGAACCGGGAGAAGGUGGGCACAACCUACGGGGCGCUGCUGAAGGUGAUGGAGACCUACCCCCACCUGCAGAUCUACACCCUGACGGAGGAGAAGAUGGCAUAUUGCGACGACGUCUUCCAGAACGAGACAGGGAAGAACAGGGUGAAGUCCGGCUCCUUCCUGAGCACUGGCUGGUUCACCAUGAUCCUGGCCAUGGAGCUGUGCGAGCAGAUCUGUGUCUUUGGCAUGGUCAGCGACAGCUACUGCAGGGAGAAGAAUCACUCGAGCGUGCCCUACCACUACUUCGAGAAGGGCCGGCUGGACGAGUGCAGGAUGUACCUGGUGCACGAGCGAGCUCGCCGCGCCGGGCACCGCUUCAUCACCGAGAAAGCCAUCUUCUCCCGCUGGGCCAAAAGGAAGAACAUUGUCUUCACCCACCCGUCCUGGGCAGGCGGGUAGGGUGCCAGCCGUGGGGUGAUGCAGUGGGGACCCCAGCAGCGGGGAGGCUCUCAUCCUGCAACAACGCAUCUCCGCUCUGCUGGUGCCACGGUUGAAAGCCUUUUGCCAAGCCCCAGAGCAGGGAGUCUCCAUCUCCGCAGCAGCAGAGCCGGUUCCCCCAGCCGGUGGGUGGGCUGAGACCCCCCAUGUCAGUGCACGGGGGGCAUGAGCUGGACCCACAGAGCCCCAUCAGCUCCGAGCGCCUGCCUGGAUGGACCCAGGGCAACAACAAAGGUUUUCCGCCCGCUCUACUGGGAUGAAUAUUUAAUGCCGCAUUAAACAUUCACGCUGCUGGGCUCCAGCAUGACAUGUGGCAGGAGAGCUUGGCCCUGCCAGGGCCAUGAGCCGGUGCCUCUCCCAGGGAUGAAGCUUCACCGUGGUCCCUGCCCUGAGACCCGGCACUGGAUGUGAGGCAUGGGGAGCCAGGGCCAGGCCCCCCCGUCCUGCUGCCCCCGGACAGGUCCCUGUGGCUCCGGCUGCCCCUGUGCCCCGUAGCCGGGAAGCCCAGGGGCCAUGUGUGCCCGGGGGGCUCCGAGUUGCCUUGUCACAAGUGCCCUUGGAUUCAAACCAAAGCAAAUGUGGCCAUUAAAAGUGUUUUUAACUCA